UUAUCUCAAAGUUACAUUAAUCAUUUCUCUCUUCUUCUAUGGUUCAGCAGUGGAAUUUCAGUACUGGAAAAUGGCCCAAACUUGGCCAUCAGGCUUUUGUGCCCAUAAGGCCUGUGAUGCCACAAAAACAAUACCAUUCAAGUUUACUAUACACGGAUUGUGGCCAUCCAAUUACAGCAUACCACAACCAUCUUUGUGCUCAUCUACUGGUUUAAAUAUUUCUUUGAUUAGCGGAAUAGUUCAUGAACUUGAUCAAGAUUGGCCGAAUUAUCUUUGGAACAACAAUUACUUUUGGAAUUCAGAAUGGAUGAAACAUGGAACGUGUUCAAAUAUGCUACCAUUUGAUUAUUUCAGACUCACGUUAGAUAUUUAUGCAAGGAAUGAUCUUCAACAAAUACUUGAACAUGCAAAUAUAUUACCUGGUAGUACUUACCUUACAAGCCAAAUCAUCGCAACUAUAAAAACAUCACCAAUUGGUGUUGAACCACAAGUGAGUUGUAGAAGUAAGGAUUUGGUUGAAAUAAGGCUAUGUUUGAACAAAAGCCCCAUUCCCCAUUACAUCAACUGUCCUAAACCACGACUAAAUUGUCCUAACAAAGUAAACUUUCUGUAAAAUUUAAAUUCAACCUUGUAAUAAUGCAUUUUACAAAAAUAAAGUUCUUAGUUUUAUACAU